UAUAUUUUGCUGUCUCCCCCCAUUCUCUCUGCCCUUCUUUCACUGUUCCUUCCGAGAAAUCGAAUCCCAAAGAGAACUGCCAGAAAGCAGCAGCAGCGGAAGAAGAUAGCAACGAAAAAACUGCUCCGCGGCCGAUCGCCAUCGCCGCAGUCAAUGAUCGAUCGCCAUACCCUAAACAGACCCUGAUUGUUUCAGGGUCGAUCGUGCUUGAAGAGAUACGAAGCUCGACAGGGAAAGAGAAACUGCCCCCCCACCGCAAUCCCAAACGGCCGGGAAUUAUUUUUUGCUGCUUUUCACCGCCCCCUCUCUCGUCGUGGUUUCUCCACCUGGGUCAUCCGUUACUCGCUUAUGCUGGAAAGGGGGAAACUGUUGUAUGUAGUUGCCUGAUGAGUGAUUGAUUCAUAAAGGGGAAACUUUUUAUUCUCUGGGGUUUGGAGUUUUGACAUUGUUAUAUGGCUUUGAUUUUGGUUCGAGGGUUCUCUUCCAAAGUUUCCUCCUUUUUCGAUUUCUGAUGUUCUGGGCUGCUCAAUUGUCAAUGGAUUCUUACUACCAGUAGUUCAUUCUUUUGAAUUUCUUUUUUUUUUUCUGUUCGUUUAUUAUUGUUUGAUCAUUCCUAAAAGGGAAAAAAAAAAGGACAACUUGUGCUAUCGGUGAUACAAUAUAUCUGUGCCUACUAUAUCCAUCUUGGCCUCCCCAACAAAAUUAACAAAAGAAGUGCAAAAAAAAAAAAAAAAGCAGCAAGAACUAGGGCGAAAAGUGUAAAGAAAAACAACUUGUGGGAUUUUUGCGAAUGGGGACCCCGGGAUUAGGCAAUCGUGGCAGCGGGCAACGGUUAGGCAUCACCGAGCCGAUUUCUUUGAGUGGACCGACCGAGUACGAUGUGAUAAAGACCAGCGAGCUCGAAAAGUUUCUGCAAGAUGCUGGGCUGUAUGAGAGUCAAGAGGACGCUGUGAAUAGAGAGGAAGUUCUCGGAAGACUAGACCAGAUAGUAAAGAAAUGGGCAAAAUCAAUAAGCCGUGCUAAGGGGCUGAACGAGCAGCUUGUGCAAGAAGCAAAUGCGAAAAUUUUCACCUUUGGUUCCUACCGUCUCGGGGUUCAUGGCCCUGGUGCAGAUAUAGACACACUCUGCGUGGGACCUAGACAUGCAACACGAGAAGAAGACUUCUUUGGUGAGCUUCAUAGGAUGUUGUCAGAAAUGAGUGAAGUCUCGGAGCUGCACCCUGUACCUGAUGCCCAUGUCCCAGUCUUGAAGUUCAAGUUCAGCGGUGUUUCUAUCGAUCUUCUUUAUGCAAAACUCUCUCUCUGGGUUAUUCCCGAAGAUUUGGAUAUCUCGCAAGAUUCAAUAUUACAGAAUGCGGACGAUCAGACUGUUCGUAGUCUUAAUGGUUGUAGAGUUACUGACCAAAUUUUGCGAUUGGUUCCCAAUAUCCAGAACUUCCGGACGACUCUAAGAUGCAUGAGAUUCUGGGCGAAGAGGCGUGGUGUUUAUUCAAAUGUUGCAGGCUUUCUCGGUGGUAUAAACUGGGCACUGCUUGUUGCUCGAAUAUGCCAGCUGUAUCCCAAUGCUCUGCCCAACAUGCUCGUCUCCCGUUUCUUUAUGGUCUAUACACAGUGGCGGUGGCCCAACCCCGUCAUGCUGUGCAACAUCGAAGAGGGCUCUCUGGGCCUACAGAUUUGGGAUCCCCGAAGAAACCCCAAGGACCGGUACCAUCUGAUGCCCAUAAUUACUCCCGCAUACCCGUGCAUGAAUUCCAGCUACAAUGUCUCUGCGAGCACCUUGCGUAUUAUGUUCGAGGAGUUUCAAAGGGGAAAUGAUAUAUGUGAGGCUAUGGAGGCAAAUAAAGCUGAUUGGAACACUCUGUUUGAGCCGUACGCUUUCUUCGAGGCGUACAAGAAUUAUCUGCAGAUAGAUAUCUCUGCUGCAAAUGCCGACGACUUGAGAAGCUGGAAAGGCUGGGUCGAGUCUCGCCUCCGACAGCUCACGUUGAAGAUCGAGCGGCACACUUUUAACAUGCUCCAGUGCCACCCGCACCCGGGUGAAUUUACGGACAAGUCAAGGCCUUUCCACUGUUCUUAUUUCAUGGGUUUGCAGAGGAAACAAGGGGUUCCUGUAAAUGAAGGAGAGCAGUUCGAUAUAAGACUUACAGUGGAGGAAUUUAAGAAAGCUGUGAAUAUGUACACGGUGUGGAAACCUGGGAUGGAGAUCUGCGUGACCCAUGUGAGGAGGAAGAACAUUCCGAACUAUGUAUUUCCUGGUGGUGUCCGCCCCCCUCGGCCGAAAAACACCUGGGACAUGAGACGAGCUGCAGAACUAAGGUUAGAGAGAUCGCCCGAAUCAAAAGCUAUUCUUAAUGGUUCAGCAGAAGACGGGAAGAAGAGAAAGAGAGAGGAGGAUGCAGACCCCAAUUCCGGAAAUCCAAAGCAUGCUGCUGUUCAACUUUCAUCAAGUGUAGAAGCUGCAGAAGUAAGCCUUACUACUGCGAGCACUGCGAGCUCAUCUUAUACCAAGGGUUACGAUUUACAUGAUAGUGGGAUUGGAGAAUCGGGUACAAAGAAGAACGAGUAUGAAGGUUCUGCGAGCUCGAAAGAAGCAGAGAAUCUUGCAAUCGAGAAGGUUGCUUCGGUCCCAUAUGUGGGGGCACAGGCCUCAGUUGAGGAGCUCGAUGAGCUUGAAGACGAACUUGUUUGUAAGGACCAAUCGAAAGAAAUUCCGAAGGUUGCAAUAGCCAGCAGUUUUGUGUCCCCGAAUGCAGGUGUAACGUCGGCGGGUUCGGGCAAUGGAAGCAGCCCUUCGACUGAUUUACAUGCAGGCUCGGUUUUGGAUGAGCUAGAGCCUGCUGAACUUACGGCACUGACACCUAUCACAAACCCUCAGGCUCCUCCAGUGCAAGGGAAACCUCUUAUCAGAUUGAGUUUAACGUCCGUGGCCAAAGCUACCGGAAAGAGUGCGUGACGAAAAUAACCCGAGUGUCAGAACCAUGCGGGGUAAUUGCAGAAGAGCUGCUCAAAUCUUCAACGUGGGCGAUUAAGCCUCUGACGAGUGAAUAAAAGCGGACUGUCUGAGAUCUUCCUAUGUAUAAUGUUUAAUGUUAAUGUAAAAACUGAAAUUUUGUUUUGAUCACUCUCCUCAGAUUGUCAAAUAAUGGGAAGUCAUCAUUUAUGUUCAAUUUUAAGCAAAUCCCAGAUUUUUAUUUUAUUGUCGC